AUGGCCGCCGCCGACGGCCCGCGCGCGCCGGAUCACGUGGAGAUCGUCGCGCACCCGCUGGUUCACGAUGACGUCGUCAAGCGCGUCGCGGACGACGGCGCGGGCGCGAUCGUCACCUUCAUAGGCACCACGCGCGACACGUUCGAGUACCGCGGCGAAGUUCGCAACGUGGAGAAGCUCGAGUACGAGUGCUUCACGCCGAUGGCGCUGGCGAAGAUGCGCGAGCUCUGCGCCGCCGUUCGCGGCACGUGGGACGUCGCGAAGAUCGCGAUGGCGCACAGGACGGGAACGGUGGGAGUGGGCGAGAGCAGCGUGAUCAUAGCGGUGUCGAGCGCGCACCGAAGGGAGGCGCUCGAGGCGUGCCACUGGGCCAUCGACGAGCUGAAGGCGACGGUGCCCAUCUGGAAGAAGGAGUUCUUCGAGGGCGGGGAGGUGUGGAAAGAGAACGCCGAGCAGAGACGCGAGCCGAGGGACCCCCCGCGGCGCAAAUACGUUUAA